AUGUAUGUUGGCCUCAACGCCAGCCUCCAGCCCCCCCCCUCCUCCUCCUCCUCCUCCUCUGACCUCCUCUUUCAGAUCCUGGGCCCCAAGCAGUCGCCCCUCGCCCUGCCCAUCGCCUCCGUGUACCUGCUCAUCUUCCUCACGGGGCUGUCGGGCAACCUGCUGACCUGCGCCGUCAUCGCCAAGCACCGGAAGAUGCGGACGCCCACCAACCUGUACCUGCUGAGCCUGGCGGCCUGCGACCUGCUGCUGCUGCUGGUCGCCAUGCCGCUGGAGCUGUACGACCUGUGGCAGAACUACCCCUUCCCCUUCGGCGAGGCCGGCUGCUACCUCAAGACCUUCCUGUUCGAGACGGUGUGCUUCUCCUCCAUCCUGAGCGUCACGGCGCUGAGUGCCGAGCGCUACGUGGCCGUGGUCCACCCGCUGAAGACGCGCCACCUGUCCACCAACCGCCACGCCCGCCGCGUGCUCGGCGGCGUGUGGCUGGCCUCCAUGGCGUGCGCCGUGCCCAACACCCUGCUGCACGGCGUCUACCGGCUGCCCGAGAGGGCGGAGGAGUCGGCCGUCUGCACGGUGCUGCGGCCGCUGUGGGUCUACAAGCUGCUGAUCCAGGUCACCACCGUCUGCUUCUACCUGGUGCCCAUGGCGGUGAUCAGCGCGCUCUACCUGGUGAUGGCCGUGCACCUGCGCCGCGAGAGGAGCGCCCCCGGCCACCAGGGGAAGAGCUGCAGCCCCGGGGCGCGCCCCCAGGGGGAGGGCGGGCGCCACAGGCAGGUCACCAAGAUGCUGGCCGUGGUGGUGGCGGUGUUCGGCCUGUGCUGGGCUCCCUUCCACGCCGAGCGCCUCCUGUGGAGCUCCGUCAGCCAGUGGACGGACGCCAUGCACGGCGUGUACCAGUGGGUCCACAUCCUGUCGGGGGUCCUCUUCUACCUCAGCUCCGCCGUCAACCCCCUCAUCUACAGCCUGCUCUCCACGCGCUUCCGCCAGGGCUUCCGCCAGCUCGUGUGCUGGCGGACGGAGGCCGCCGCCGCCCCCGCCGCCGGGUCGGCCCCGCGCCACUCCCCCCCGCUCCCCCCGGGUCCGGGGGGGGCGGCCCCCCAACCCGACCUCCGUCCUCUCCCCGGGCCCGGCCCGGACGCCGCUCUGCCGCUGCGGUGCGGAGGGGCCGACUGCGUGACCUCCGCCUGCUGA